GAUUCUAAGGCCCUAGUUUUCAAAUUUUUUUGGCUUUCAGGAAACCCUAGCUUUCUCAGGCAUGCUCACGUGUUAGCCUCGUAAUUCGACGAAGAAAACGUUAAAGUAUCAAGGGCUUGAAAUUUCGUCACGGAAAUGGAAGUGAAUGGGAAAGAUGAUCUUAAGGCACCUCUUCUUCAACCUUCAGAAACUUUUUCUGUUACAGUGUCUCAACCAACUCCGAAUGUAAUCAGGAAAACCAAGACAGUUGUGUUUAAAAUUCGAGGCAUAAAGUGUGCUUCUUGUGUGGUCUCCAUAGAAUCUGAGCUUAGAAAGCUUAAUGGGAUUGAAACUGUCAUGGUAUCGCCUCUUCAGGGGCAGGCCAUUAUCAGAUACAAACCAGAAUUUGUCACUGCAAAAGCUGUUAAAGAAAUGAUAGAAGGCAUGGGCUAUCAAGUUGAUGAUUUCCCUGAACAAGAUAUAGCAGUAUGUCGAAUCCGAAUCAAAGGAAUGGCAUGCACCAGCUGCUCUGAGUCUGUUGAGCGUGCCAUCCUUGCAGUUGAUGGAGUGAAAACAGCAGUGGUGGGCUUAGCCCUUGAAGAGGCAAAGAUUCACUUUGAUCCAAACCUCACUGAUGCUGACCACCUUAUCCAUGCCAUUGAAGAUGCUGGAUUUGGAGCUGAUCUUAUCAGCUCUGGAGAUGAUAUAAACAAAGUGCAUCUACAUCUAUACGGAAUCAGUUCCCCAGAUGAUGUUUCCAUUAUUCAAUCCUGUCUUGAGGCAGUAGAAGGUGUGAAUCAUGUGGUGAUAGACCCAGUGGGUAACAAGGGGACUAUUAGUUAUGACCCCAAUCUCACUGGUCCGAGGUCUCUAAUACAUUUCGUACAAGAAGCUGGCCAUGGGCCCAACUUCUACAAUGCGAGCUUAUAUACUCCCCCAAGACAAAGAGAAACAGAGCGUCAGUAUGAAAUUCAGGCAUAUAGAAACCUGUUUCUUUGGAGCUGUCUAUUUUCAUUUCCAGUAUUUGUAUUCUCCAUGGUCCUUCCAAUGAUUCCUCCUUAUGGUAACUGGUUGAAUUGCAAGCUCUACAACAUGCUUACUGUUGGGAUGCUUCUGAGAUUGGUUCUUUGCACGCCUGUACAAUUCAUUAUAGGCCGAAGGUUUUAUCUGGGUUCCUACCAUGCGUUGAAACGAGGUUCUGCUAAUAUGGAUGUUCUGGUUGCAUUGGGCACCAACGCAGCUUAUUUCUACUCUGUAUACAUUGUUAUAAAAGCGCUGACUUCGGAUUCAUUUCAAGGGCAGGAUUUUUUUGAGACUAGUGCUAUGUUAAUAUCUUUUAUUCUCUUAGGAAAAUAUUUGGAGGUUGUGGCUAAGGGGAAGACGUCAGAUGCUUUGGCAAAACUGACAGACCUGGCACCUGAUACAGCCUAUCUUUUAACUUUGAAUGGGGAUGGCGAUGUGAUAUCAGAAAUGGAAAUAAGCACUCAGCUGAUACAAAGGAAUGAUGUGAUCAAGAUUGUCCCUGGGGCAAAGGUUCCUGUUGAUGGUAUUGUUAUAAGGGGUCAGAGUCAUGUGAAUGAGAGUAUGAUCACUGGAGAAGCAAGACCCAUCGCUAAGAGGGCAGGAGACAAGGUUAUUGGUGGAACCAUGAACGAGAAUGGAUGCUUACUAGUUAAGGCUACUCAUGUUGGGUCAGAGACUGCAUUGUCCCAAAUAGUCCAGCUAGUGGAAGUAGCUCAGCUUGCCAGGGCACCGGUUCAGAAACUGGCAGAUCAAAUUUCUAAGUUCUUUGUUCCUGCUGUUGUUAUUGCAGCAUUCCUUACGUGGUUGGGCUGGUUCAUUCCUGGAGAAGCUGGUCUUUACCCUAAACAUUGGAUUCCAAAAGCCAUGGAUGGCUUUGAGCUGGCACUUCAGUUUGGUAUUUCAGUACUGGUGGUCGCUUGCCCAUGUGCUUUGGGACUAGCAACCCCAACGGCUGUCAUGGUUGCUACAGGAAAAGGAGCUUCUCAAGGGGUCCUCAUCAAAGGUGGAAAUGCACUUGAAAAUGCACAUAAGGUGAAUACUGUGGUCUUUGACAAGACAGGGACCCUGACAGUGGGAAAGCCAAUGGUAGUUGGUUCAAUGCUUUUUUCCAAUGUGCCUAUCCAGGAGUUUUGUGAUGUGGCUGCUGCAGCAGAGGCAUACAGUGAGCACCCUAUAGCAAAGGCUGUAGUGAAGUAUGCUAAGAAACUGCGUCAGCAAUAUGGGUCCUACACUGAACAUGUAACCGAUUCGAGGGACUUUGAGGUACACCUGGGAGCUGGAGUGAGUGGGAAUGUUGGUGGGAAACUAGUGUUGGUUGGGAAUAGGAAGCUCAUGGUGUCCUAUAAUGUUCAACUGGGACCUGAGGUUGAAGAUUACAUCUCAGAAACUGAGCAGCUAGCACGCACUUGUGUGCUAGUUGCCAUUGAUGGGAAGGUUGCUGGGGCUUUUGCUGUGACAGAUCCUGUGAAACCAGAGGCAGAGCGUGUUGUAUCUUUCCUUCAGUCAAUGAACAUCUCAAGCAUCAUGGUGACUGGUGACAACUGGGCUACAGCAACGGCCAUAGCAAAGGAGGUUGGAAUUACUAAUGUUUUUGCUGAGACGGAUCCAAUAGGAAAAGCCAAUAAGAUCAAAGAGUUGCAGAUGAAAGGGUUAGCUGUUGCAAUGGUGGGGGAUGGAAUCAACGAUUCGCCCGCCUUAGUUGCCGCUGAUGUUGGCAUGGCAAUUGGUGCUGGCACUAAUGUUGCUAUUGAAGCUGCUGACAUAGUUCUCAUCAAGAGCAACUUGGAAGAUGUAGUAACUGCCAUUGAUCUCUCCAGAAAGACUCUUAAUCGCAUCCGACUCAACUAUGCAUGGGCUCUGGGUUACAAUGUGCUUGGCAUGCCAAUUGCUGCUGGUAUUUUGUUCCCUUUCACUGGAAUCCGGUUGCCUCCAUGGCUUGCUGGGGCUUGCAUGGCAGCAUCUUCACUAAGUGUUGUCUGUUCAUCCCUCCUGCUGCAGUCUUACAAAAAGCCUCUGCACAUCCAAGAUACUCGGGGAACAAUUGAUUAGUCAAAUUGUGUGUAAUUUGGCUAAUUUUGGACACAUUUAGCACAUACACAUCAUCCUGAGAUGGGUUUAUGCUUGCUAUAAUGAAUGCUUCAUCUAUGUAAGUGCCUUAACUAGUCCAAGUCGACUUUUGAUUAUUCACAA